AUGGUUAUUUUGAAGCCACUUGAAGUGAAAAACAUCGAUCCAACAGACUAUGUUGAAGCAACAACAGAGCAGGACUCGUUGAUAUUUGCAGAUGAAAAACAGCAAGCAAAAUUUGAAUUGGGAGUUAGUAUGAUAAUAUAUUCGUGGAAUGAAUUGGAUAUUGCUGUUGAAAAUAAGUGGGGAGGACCAAAUUCUGAGGAAAAGAGAGAUUGGGUAACAGCAGUGGUGGUUGAUUUGUUUCGUGAGAAAGCAGUUGACAAUAUUUUGAUUGAGGAUACCUUGUUAUAUAUUAUGUUUGAUGAGUUUGAGAAUCAAAUUGAAAAUGACAGUGGAUUGAUAAUUACGGCCAGAAUACUUGAUAUUUAUAGAGAUUGUGUUAAUAAGGAGUAUAAAGUAGUGGAUAAACUAUAUGAAACAUGGUUAAAGAAACAAGAAGAGAGAAAGGAAGGUAAAAAGAAAUACAAGAAUGUUGUUAUUAAUGACGAUUCGAGUAUUGAGGUUGAAGAGGAAGAAGAAAAAGAAAAAGAAACAGAAGAGAAUGUAAUGGCGGAGAAUAAAAGUAGUUUGGCCAAUAAAAAUGAAGGGCCAAUUGUUGAUGAUGAUGGAUUUGAGUUAGUACAGAAAAAGGGAAAACGAAGACGUUGA